CAUGAAGUGUUUUGCUUCGGAUGUACUCUGAAGCCAUUUCUGCUCGGAACCGCUGUGCAGGCUUGUUCACAUCACAUCAUCGUCAUCUUUUGUUUUUUUAAGCUUACAAUUAUGGCUCACACCGCACAAGCAAACGUCUUCGACGCCAACAACCCUCAAAUCCAGGUGGAACACGACAAAAAGCGUCGACAAUUUGUCAUAAGACUAAACGGGUCUCACGAUCGCGCAGUACUUCUGUAUGAAUACGUUGGGAAGAAGACAGUGGACUUGCAACAUACUGAAGUUCCAGAUGCUUACCGAGGGCGGGGAAUUGCCAAACAUCUGGCCAAGGCGGCCAUGGACUUUGUGGUGGAGGAGGACCUGAAAGCUCACUUGACCUGUUGGUACAUUCAGAAAUACGUCAAAGAGAAUCCACAACCUCAUUACUUUGAACAUAUUUAUCAAUGACCUCACACGGUGCCAAAGUCAGGAGAAAGACUCUCAGAAGUGAGGUAUGCUUUGGAUUUAAAGGCUUAUAUUCAACAAAGGACCUUCCAGGCAUUGUUAGAAGGAGCCAGCUAAUCUCUUUGCAAGAAACUUUCAUGCUGGCUUGACUUUGUCAAAUCUGUCUGCAGCAAGGUGACGUUCAUUCAGCAGAAAUGGGACCCCAGUCAGCUGACUAGAUUCCAGUGUCUUUGUCAAAUGGAAAAACCUUUGGGUGGAAAUUCUUCACCUGUGCGUGAUAAAUGACAUGGGAGACACGUUUUAUUUCCUCACAGGUAGCAGGAAGAGCUCAUAAGGUCUUUGCACCUUUGUCGUCACGGUGGUUGGACUGAAUUCAUUUUUUCAAUGUUUGUUUUCAUUUGACUCCCCCAUGUCAACGCGGUCGGGACACAGCUUUUUUCACUAAGGUUGUAAAUCAAUACCAUUUUUGGCUGCGAUACAGAUUCCAAUACCUGGCUAUGUUAUAUCGGCUAAUGGCGAUACUGUACCGAUAGCACAUUUUUGUUGAAAAAUAUAUAUGUUUUGGGGGUUUGGAAACUGAAUCUUGAAGAGUACAUAUUUCUAAGUACUCCCUGAUACCGAUGACGUCAUUUUAGUGCGAUAUCGAUACUGAUACCAGUAUCUGUGCAACACUAGUAAAAAAUAAAAAAUGGCAGCAGACAAAAUAGUUAAGGCAAGACAACUUUUGACUAAAAGAUACACAAAUCUAUGCUAAAUGCAUUUAAGCUUCAGAAUAAUAUACAAUGUACACUAAUGAGAUAGUUGUGCGUCACUAAAGUUUCUCAAAUCCAAGUCCAAACGCAGUAUUUAGUGUUUUUGUCAGAACGGAAAUUCAGUUGAAAAUAUGUGGGUAUUUACCCAAUCCUUUUUUUUUUUUUCCUGACAGAUGGAAGUGCACUAGUCUUCCCAGAAAUAUAACCACUUUGUCAUACAUAGACUUGUUAAAGCUAAAGCUUGAUUUUUGUUAUUUUUUUAACACCUCGAUGCCUUAAUUUACAUUUAACUUAUUCACUACCAAAGAAACAAACCUUAUUUUUUAUGGAGAAAGAUGGGGAUCUAAUCUUUCUUUUUGUAAAUUCUGUGUUCAUGUAGCCAUAGAACUCGAUAUUCUGUGGCGCUUGAAAGAAGGGGAUGUCUCAUGACAAAUGGCUGAGAGUGAAUGAGUCAACAAAUAUAUGUAUGUGUAUAUAUAUAUAUAUAUAUAUAUAUAUAUAUAUAACAUUGAAGGAAUACCUAAGUGCAUAAAAAAUAUUAAAUGUAGAAAAUUAAAUUUAAAAAUUGCAGCAAAAAAAAAAUGGAACUCCAAAAAUAAAUCAUAAAGAGAUUACUUUUUUAGAUUUAAAAUUUAAACAAUAAAUACAAAAUUAUGUAAUCAUUCGGGAGGGGGGGGUCUUCUAAAAUAAAUAAUGGAGAAAUUCAUGAAGAAAUUCCUCUUAUUUAAUGCAUUUUUAUAUUAAUUAAAAUUUCUAUUUUUAUUUUUUUUUAUUUUGAUUUUUUUAGGAUUUUCCCAUUUUUAAUUGUAUUUUAAAUUUAAAUCUCUACAUAUUUGUAUUGUUUUGUUUAUGUACUUAGUUAUUUCCCUAAUGCUUUUUGAUAUAUGUUAAAUGUAAAUUCAGGCAUCAAUAUAAAAAAAAGUUCUGGAUAAACCCACACAACAACCCCCCCCCCCUCAUUAUUUAUGACACUCAUCUGAUGUAUAGCCUGUCACUGUGAAAUGUGCAAAUAGACAAACCAGCAUUUUAAUAACAGCACAGCUGCAUUCAGGGCAUUUCUAUUCAAGUUCAGCCACAUCCUUUGUUGAUUCUAGAGCUUGAAACUGGUUGGUUGAACUUGACUCACUACGUUCCUAUUGUUUUGUCAUUUUAUUUCUUCUGCACCGCAAAGAAUCACACUUGUGGAUUUCAUAAUGAUAUCAUUGUGCUUAUAAAAUGCCCUUAAAACUUUUCACUGUGGUUUGGCUCCCUUUGCUGUUGACAAUCUAGGUGUUGAGGAGAAACAAACCUCAGGAAAUUCCUUACGCUCGGUAGAAUUACAUUUACAUACAGGGCUGGCUGAAUGCUUAUAUAGAGAAAUCUAGUUUAGGUGACAGUCACUCAUCGAUAGGCAAUAUUUCAUUUCUUGUUUAAAUGUUGGUGUGCAUUUUCUUAAGAGCAGAAUGACUUAACUUUUCAAACCUUCAUGUGACUGUGUGGAAAAAUGUGUUUUGUGUUUGACAUUUCUUGUUUGAAAAAAAGUAAUAAAAUACACGGCCGUUAAUAAUGCAAUUGUAUUUAUUUGUGAGAUUGAACAAUGUAAUAUGCACAUGUUAUGGAAUAUUUACAAUGCAUUUAUUAUACUGAUUAAUUACUAACGUUAGAAGAAAGCAAGAAGCAUGCUUCGAAGACUUUUUUUCUUUGCUUUUCACUGGGAGCACUAGAAAUUUUAGGGUCGCAAAAUGUAAUUGAUCCGUGGAAUAGAUAUUUACAUUUUUACACAUUUCAACUAUAUUAAUGACACAUACUCAGCUCAUUUGUACAUUAUCAAAACGACUGGAGCAGAAG